AUGGUAGAAGUUAUUAUCGAUACAAACGCUGAUGUGGACGUCCUACUACGUGAGCUGCAGCGAGUCUCUCAAUCAUUACACAAAUCAACAACAACAACAACAGCGGCGGGUCCACGAAUUCUCACGUGGGGUGAUGUCUACGUGGAUGAGACCCUGCGGGAUUUAUUUCAGGAGCGCCUUUCAAGUGUGAUGAGUGCUGCGAAGAGUCAACGGGCCAUUCACUUCCCACGUGAACGUCUCAUCAUGGGCAGUCAUGAUGAAGUGGAGAUUGAUCUUCUCGCACCGCAUCUCCGCAUUCUUCCAGAGAGUGCUAUUCACAGUAAAAACAAACAAGAAGAACGUAAGGCGGCCUUUAAGGAGGCGAAAGUAAAGGCAUUGGAGGAACACAGAGAGAAGAUGUUGCGACUGGCCAUGCAGGGUAUAGAGUUACCACGCGGGGUCUCUUCAACGAAUGCGAAGAGUGAAGAAAAAGAGAAUGUGGAUGAAGAGAAAUAUGAUGAUUCUAUAGCCCCACCACCACCUCCUCCUCCUCCUCCAGCGAUGGAAGAAGAAGUAGGAAGUGAACAAGAGAGUAGUAAUGAUGAGAAUGUUUCUUCAGAUGAAGACAGUAAUAACAAUAACAGUGAUGAUGAUGAUAUACCACCACCGCCACCACCUCCACCAGAGGAAGAAGACGGGGAUGAUAAUGAUGAAAGUGAUGUUAGUAGUGAUACUGAUGAUGAUGAUAUUCCACCACCGCCGCCACCUCCGGAGUGA